CCAAGGCCAAGGGGCUGGGUGGUGUCCGGUCACUUAUGUAACCUGUGGGCAUAUAUAGGGGCACACGGCCCGUGGGACUCUGACCCACCCGCCAACUCUGCUCCCUCAAGAUGAAGGUGGCUGUGGGCCCAGACCCUUCCCUGGUCUACCGGCCCGACGUGGACCCAGAGGCAGCCAAAGACAAGGGCAGCUUCCGAAACUACACCUCUGGCCCGCUGCUGGACCGUGUCUUUGCCACCUACAAGCUUAUGCACACGCAGCAGACCGUGGACUUCGUCAGGAAGAAGCACACCCAGUUUGGGGGCUUCUCCUACAAGAAAAUGACUGUGCUGGAGGCUGUGGCCAUGCUGGACGGGCUGGUGGACGAGUCGGACCCAGACGUGGACUUCCCCAAUUCCUUCCAUGCCUUCCAGACUGCUGAGGGCAUCCGGAAAGCCCACCCUGACAAGGACUGGUUCCACCUCGUGGGGCUGCUGCAUGACCUGGGGAAGGUCCUGGUUCUGGCAGGGGAGCCCCAGUGGGCGGUUGUUGGAGACACCUUCCCAGUUGGCUGCCGUCCCCAGGCCUCUGUGGUUUUCUGUGACUCCACCUUCCAGGACAACCCCGACCUCCAGGAUCCUCGAUACAGCACAGAGUUCGGCAUGUACCAGCCCCACUGUGGGCUAGAGAACGUCCUCAUGUCCUGGGGCCAUGAUGAGUACAUGUACCAGAUGAUGAAGUUCAACAAAUUCUCUCUCCCACCGGAGGCCUUCUACAUGAUCCGAUUCCACUCCUUCUACCCUUGGCACACGGGUGGCGACUACCGGCAGCUGUGCAGUGAGCAGGACCUGGCCAUGCUUCCCUGGGUGCAGGAGUUCAACAAAUUUGACCUCUACACCAAGUGUCCAGAUCUGCCGGAUGUGGACGAGCUGCGGCCCUACUACCAGGGGCUCAUUGACAAGUACUGCCCUGGUGUGCUGAGCUGGUGACCGGCCUGCCCGCCCUGCCCAGGCCUGGUCAGGUGCCCUGGGGUGACAGCCAAGGUUGGGGGGACUCCACGUGCACAUCUGCGGUCAACACUCCCUGUCCUGGUGGCCACUCUGCCCACUGGCAAUAAAGACCUUGAAGCAGCUUA